CGGGGAUGGGGAGCACCGAGAGCACUCCCCGCAAGGUGUCCUUCGGGGUAGACGAGGAGGAGCGGGUGCGGGUGCUGCAGGGGAUCCGGGGUCUGACCUGUGCCCGGAGCUGAGAAAUGCAGAGAAGCAGAGGACGGACACGUUCUUACCUCGGCCCCUUUGAAACGCCGUUAAGACAAGUGCUGAGGGAGGCUGGGUCAGUUCCGAAUCGGCAGUGCUUGUCUUGGUUCUCAGAGGAAGACGUGAUUAAUGAGCUCUCUGAAGAUGUAGUUAAUCGCAUGAAGGACCCCUCUGCAUCUUCAAAGGUGCAGCAGCCAUCUCCUGCAUCACCACCUCCUGCUUCGACAUCUACUUCACCACCUGCUGCUUCGUCACUUCAUACUUCACCAUCUCCUCCUUCAUUUUCUCAUUCUUCAUCUUUUGUAUUUGGCUCUCCAGAAGGCAAGUCAAAGCAUCCUAGGACAGACCCUAAACCCCCCAAAGCUGAGAGCCAGAGUAGCCAGCAGCCCUCUGAAGCAGAAGAGGAUCUGUACAGGAGAUAUGAACAGGAGAAGGCCAUGAUCCAAGAAGAGCUACUUCAGCUGGUGAAGAGAGAAAGGGAGGUGGCCAGGGAGCACCUGAAGUCAUCCCUUCCGUGGGAGAAGAAGGGCAUGAACCAGGAGAAGCAGAGAUCAGCUCAGCUGGCCAAGGAACUGGAAGGUGUAGAAGCAGAGCUAAGACGCCGUGACAUCUUCUAUAAAGAGCAAUUGGGUCGCAUUGAAAGAAAGAAUGCUGAAAUGUACAAACUGUCAUCACAACGGUUCCAUGAGGCAGCUACUCAGCUGGAAGAUACAAUAAAACCUCGAAGGGUGGAUCCUGUGUGCUCAGGCCUUCAAUCCAAGAUACUUCACUGCUACCGAGACAACCUUCGGGAGGUACUCAAGUGCUCUGACCUGGUCAAGGCCUACCAACACUGCGUGAGCACUGCCCAGAAGUCUAACAUGAAACAAGCUGCCAACCAUCCCUGAAGAAUCUUCAACAGACGGAGAUGGGGAAAAUUGUCAGGCUGUAUUAGACCAAAUGGUGGCUGAAGAGCAACAAUCAUUCCUGGCAUGGAGAGAGCCCAGCAGCAGCAGCAGGCGUGCUUCAGUGAAGUUACCACUUGCAGGACCACA